AUGGCAGGCCCUGCAGCCAGCUGGGCCCCGAGGCCCCGGGGCCUCCGUGGCGUCACCCAAGCCUUAUAUGCGGUUCUCUUAACAGUGCUGGUCAUGAUGAACUUGGUUCUCGGCGAUAUAGAGUCCGUAGACCUUUCCCCUCAGUCCGUCCCACUAGACAAGUACCUGCAUUGCUACCGAUGUAUGCUGGAGACCAAAGAGUUGGGGUGCCUCCUGGGCUCUGACACGUGCCUCGCACCCCUGGGCAGCAGCUGCGUCACCCUGCACAUAAAGAACAGCAGCGGUUUCAAUGUCAUGGUGAGCGACUGCUACAGCCGGAAGCAGAUGAUCGACUGUUCGCACACCCGCGCUUCCCCGGUGUUUGGCUUUUGGAUCUUCUCUCAGUGUUGUUUCCUGGAUUUCUGCAACAAUCCAAAGAACAGAGAGAACACUAUGCACUAG